UAAAUUACUAGAUUUAUUAAUUUGCCGAUUAGCAAAUUAUCAUUAAAAAAUAUAUCGUUUUGACCGAAUGGUAUAAACUUAUAAGUAUAUAUAAAACAGUGUAGCAAAUUAAAAAACGCAAUAUUGUACACUGUUAAUAACUCUCAAAAAACUUUUAACCUCUACCUAAUAAAAAGAAGCUAUCCUUAUAUGCAACUUCGGUACCUCAAUUUUUUAGCAAAAUUUUUUCAACUAGAUUAUGAUUAUUCCCAAAUUAUUGGUUGCAUAUAACUACUAAUAACGUGGAAAUUAAUAAAAACUUUUAAAUCAUGUUCUUAGGAUAUUUUUUAAUUUUACUCACAUAGAUACGAAUUUAGGUAAUUGCCAAUGGGGACCUGCGUUUGUACCUUUAGGUUCGUACACAAUUAGUCAUUGCAGACAUUUAAUUUGUCAUCUGGGCGGUAUAAAAACUAUAACCGAGUAAGUAAAAUUUUAUCAUAUAAAAAUAUCCAUUAUACAGAAUGGCAAAAUAUUUUUUGAUAUAACGCUUGCAUUGUAAAACAAAAUAAACUGAGUAAAAGACCUUUACUAUUUUGUAAUUUUUGCAAUAGUAUAAUUAAUCAAUUGUUAAUUUUUAAAAUAAUCGAAUUUGCCAAAUGCAAGUGCGCCACAAGAUAGACUUGUUUAGCAAAAAGCGCGUUUGCCAUCGCUAGACACACGGGUUAGUUUUGUGCUUAUACAUUGCAAAUAACAUCUUUAUAAAUUAAUAACUCGUUAAUUAUUGGUAAAAUUGCAAAAUGGUAGACAGUUUUUUUUACUUAGUCUAGCCUGUUCUAUCUCUAUGCAAGCGUUAUGUUACAAAUUUUCUGUCCAUUCUGCACUGAUAGAAAAGAAUGGUUAACUCAAAUAAAUAUUAAUUUAAAUAGCAAUAUCAUAUUUUAUAGAAAAUAAAUAAUAUUUAUUUCAAAUAAGAAAUAUUUUCUAAAUUAUAGAAAGUAUUACUUGUUUUAAAUAAGUGUUAUUGAUUUUCUAUAAAAUAUGUUAUUGGUACUAUUAAAAUAAAUAUUUAUUUGAGUUAAGUAUUCUUUUCUGUCAGUGUGUCCAUUUUCUUUUCCAUCUCACAAACUGACAGAGAUAUAUCUAACAAAAUAAUAUCAAAUUAAGUAGUUUGAUCUAAUAAUUACCAUCACUUUCUCAUGAUAAAAAAUUUAUAUAAAAGUACCACAUUUAUAUAUGAUCAAUGCUAAUGUAAUUUUUAUAUUAAAUUUCUUUUUUUGUUAGCAGUACAACAAAAAAUACCAUCUGCAAUACGUGCGGUUCGGCUUUUUUCCACUCGCGCGGGUAAACGCACCCGUGCUAAAAAAGCCAACUUUUCAAACUUUACACAAUGUACUAUUUUGUAAUCUGAUUUUAUUUCGUUUUCUUCCAGAUGUCCACGCUUAAGUUGUCCAUCAGGUGAAUUACUUAUUGGUCAUAAGAUCAGAGAUAUUAGAAGAAAAUAUCCAGAUUGCUGUGAACAACCCAUUUGUAUUCCUUAUCACGAGUAUUCUCCACUAGCCCCACAAUAUUUAGACAUUCAAUUAGUAAAACGGGAUUAAAUAACGAGAAAUAUCCCUAUUAUUAUUAAUGUUUGUACUUUUUUAAAAGAAAAUAAUUGCUUAUAAAAGCAUACACUGCAUUGACUUUUCUAUAAGUAACAAGAAAUAGAUAUUGAAAUAUCUCGCGUUGCCUUUGUUAAGAUUUCUUGCAAACAAAUUUCCAUUUAAGUUAUAGAAAUAGUUUUUUGUAUUGAGUUUUGUAUAUUGUAAAUUCAAAUAAAGAUAAUUUGAAUAUUUAUUUUUCCCGGUUUAUUUUCUCUAGUUGUAAAACGCAGUGUUUAAUUUACGAGUAUAUUGUUGAGCCAAAUGUUGACUUGAUCUUUUUUUCUUCUUAUCUUCUUGUCGCGUGCAAUAUCGCACAUUUUGCUUUAUGCCUUUAUUCAUAUAGAAGUCGAAAUGUUUUUCUAAAGAUCACGCCAUGAAGGAGAGAGAAAUGAAUAUAAAAGUCCCCUCGUUUUUAAAUUAUUUCUUUUUGCUGGUGAUCCUUUAAGCAAAAAAGAGAUGAAAGGUUACAUCUGCGCGAUCUUAUUUCUAAUGUGUGGACUAGAUCACUUUGCUACGCAAGUACAAGGUAAUUGCCAAUGGGGAGAACAGAUUAUAAGCGUAGGUUCGUACAACCUCCUUUCAUGUAAGCUUUUAACUUGUCACCUGGGCGGUAUAACAACUGUAAAAGAAUGUCCUUCUUUAACUUGUUCUACAGAUGAAGUAUUUGUUGGUUAUACUAAUAAUGCUGGGUCAGAAUUUCCAGAUUGCUGUCCACAAGCUCUUUGUAGAAAACGGAACUAGGAUCACAAUAUGCAGUCAAAAUAAAAUUAAUAAAUUGGGAUUAAAUAACGAGACAUACAUCUCUAUUUGAAAUUAUUUUUAUAAAUAAAUAUCAUUUCCUUAUUUAUAUUUAUCAAAAUACUUUAUUUCUUCACGCGCUUAUUGUUCAUUAGAAAAAAUCAAUCACCUCUCGUGAAUAAAAUUGUCAGAUGUUUAACAUUUUCAUUAA